AUGACGAAUCGUGAUCUUGGAGACGCAAUGGGGCUCUUUCUUUCCGUCUGCAUCCACCCCUCAACCAUUCCAACAGAAUAUGACACCUUCUCCUCUGGAAAACCAGGAUCUAUCUCUAAUCGGGGUCUGAGUGUCCUCCGUUCUCGCAAAAGUUUUGCAUAUUUAGCUUUGCUUAAAUCCCUCCGCGAACGCCGUCUCAGCUGUCUUCGUGGAAUCGGACUCGGCAGGCUACCUUUUAUCCGAAUGAGCUGCGAUGAUGACGCACUGGUCGAGAUUCUAUCCUUCCUACCUCCUCUUCGGUAG